CCUAGGACCCCUCGGAUUCCGCGCAGGCCACGCACGACCAUGGCUGCUACCGCUGACGAGAAUGCACACAAGCCAGCCCCAAGAGGCCGGUUACCCCUCCUAUCCCAGUUCAGCAGGCCGAUGCCGCUUCUCGCGUUUCUCGAACUCCAGCUCGACUCGGAGACCACAGCAGCUGAACUCAGCAAGUGGGAAGAGGAGGAAGCCGCCCACCAGCAGGAAAUUCAACGUCAGCUGGCAGAGGCAGAGGCAGCACGUCAGCAGGCCGCACGGUUGCAACAGCAGCAGGUCGAGGCAAGUCGACACCAAGCUCGUUACCAAGCCAAGAUGGACCUUGCACGUGACGAAGCCACGUAUGGCAGGCUACUUCGACGACAACAUUUCCAAGAAACUGAAGAACGGGCAGAGCCGACCGAGGAAGAAAGUAACAGGGAAGGUACAACAGUACUGAUGGAGAAUCUGCUGUACACAUGCAAUUGGCAGCAACGUGAACUGCUGGCCACGCGGCAGAUCUUCAUCCGCCAUGAAACAACAUUCAAGGCCUUGGACAAGAAGAUCGCGACGCUGCAGGCCGAGAUCAGCACGCUACACGCCGCCAACAGCCAGCAGCAGACACUCAAUGACCAGCUGCAGACCGAUGUCAGCAUGGGUUUGGCACAACUGUCGGCAGCUGCGUCAACGGGCAGUGCAGUGGUAGACUGCAGCCCAGCUUUGGCCGCACAGGCCAAGCAACUCGAGGAGCGGAUCAACCACUUAGUCGCAUCCCUCGGCGACAUCAGCAAGUUUGCUGGAGCAUCGGCAGUCAGCAAUCAGCUGCAGACGCUCAGCGACCGCGUUGACCAACGACCAGCCGCUGCCACCAAGGAAUGGAAGAUGCUGAACUUCAAGAUCGAGAAGUUCGAUGACUAUCACUAGACUGAUCCGCUGCAAUGGUGGAUGGCUUUCAACGCGG